UUAUAAAUCAUAAGAAUGGUUGUAAAAUGUAAUUUUAAUAAAUAAUUGUAAAAUUGUUAAAUGUGCACUGUAAAUAAAAUAACUAAUAGUAACAUGAUUAUAAUUGCGUGUUUGUUUAAUAAUGUUAAAUGUAUUGUAAUGAAAAAAAUAGCAAAUAAAAAAAACGUGUUAUUAAUGUAUUAAACAAGUUUUAGUUAAUUUCCAAAGUUUUUCUAUACAAUCAAUUGUAAAUUUAUCUGUUUAACAAUUUAAUCAGGAAUUUUUUGUAUGCAAAUCUACUCAUUUCGUCUCUGAAGAUGUCUACGUGGAGUUUACAAACAAGCAGUCUCUUGAGGCUGAUGCCUCGGUUUCAACUGUGAAAAAAAUGUACAUCCGUCUGUCAUGUUGCCGUCUUUUAAGGCAUCGAAAAUUGAUCUAUAUUUCUAUCUUUGUUUCCAUUCUGCUUUCGCUUAUUUAUGUGGUGAUUAUUCCUCUAGUUCUUAAAUUCUUACAAAAACCCCAAACAAACACUCAUACUGAACGGCAGUAUGUUGUGCCUCGGAAUAGCCCAGUGUUUCAAACAGUUGCACACUGUUCAUUUCAUGACUGUUUCAAUAUAUAUAGAUGUGGCCAUAAAUUGAAUGGUGAUUUUAAAGUAUACAUCUACCCAGCAAGCAAGUAUGUUGAUUCAGAUGGCAUACCUGUUGGAGGAAAAAUGUCCAGGGAGUAUUAUUCUAUAUUAAGUGCCAUAGUAAAUAGCCAUUAUUAUACAGAUCAUCCCGAAGAAGCAUGUGUUUUUGUAUCUUCAAUUGACACAUUAAAUCAAAAUCGGUUCCGUGUUAAAGAAACAUCACAGGCAUUAGCAAUGUUACCAUACUGGAAUGAUGGGGAAAACCAUAUCAUUUUGAAUAUGGUUCCAGGAGCAGCACCAAAUUAUAAAACUAUAGUGGAUUUAUCUAUUGGUAAAGCAAUGGUAGCUGGUGCUGGUUUUGAUACAUGGACAUAUAGAACAUCAUUUGAUAUUUCAAUAGGAAUUUAUAGUGAAACAGCAUCACAGCUAAGCCACAACUAUUCACUUACGCAUAGGCCUACUUUUAUCACUACGGUUCAAACUAACUUACAUUCAGAUUUCAUCACACAUUUAAAAUCAAUUGAACAAAAAAGAUCCAUUCUAAGAGUUGUUGAACAAUGUACUGAUGACAUACAUAAUAGAUCAAUUGUUUGUCAUGGAAAUGUUACAUAUGAAUACACUUACAUUCUAAGAGAUAGUAUAUUCUGUUUAAUAUUACCGGGUCCUAGGCUGAUGGACACAACUUUAAGUGAUGCCCUUGCUACAGGAUGUAUACCAGUCAUAGCUAUAAACCAUGUAGUGUUGCCUUUUUUUGAAGUAAUUGAUUGGAAAAGAGCAGUGAUAUUAUGGAGUGAAACUGAACUGGAUAAUCUUUUAGAUGUAGUUUCUGGCAUACCAUUAGAUAGACGAAAAGAAAUGUCAUCUCAAUGUCGUUGGCUUUAUCAUACAUAUUUAUCUUCAUUACAAAAAAUUACUAUGACUACACUAAAAAUAUUAAGUCAAAGGCUGCAUCCGCAUUCUGCAAGUUUUUAUGAAGAUUGGAAUUUAAGACCAAACCCUGAAUCUGCGAGAAGUCCAUUGUUCCUACCAUACAUGUCUGAUUCUUCCGGAUUUACUGCCGUUAUAUUAUCCUAUGAUCGAGUUAGCAGUUUGUUCAAGCUAAUACGUAUGCUCAAAGGUGCACCAAGUCUGCAAAAAAUUCUUGUUAUUUGGAAUAAUCAGUUUAAAUCUCCACCUCUUUCAGUAUGGCCAAAAACAGAAAUACCAAUCAAAAUUAUUCAAACCGCAGCAAACAAACUGUCCAAUAGAUUUUAUCCUUACAGGGAAAUAGAGACUGAAGCUGUGUUGUCAUUAGACGAUGAUAUACUUAUGCUUACUAUUGACGAGAUUGAAUUUGGUUAUCAGGUAUGGAAAGAGUUUCCAGAUCAAAUUGUAGGAUUUCCAUCCAGAUCUCAUGUUUGGAAUAACAACACUAAAACUUGGAAGUAUGAAUCAGAAUGGAAGAAUGAAAUCUCUAUGGUUUUGACUGGGGCAGCAUUCUAUCAUAAAUUUUGGAAUCAUGCUUACACAUAUAAUAUGCCUGGUAAAAUUAAAAAAAUUGUUGACGAUAAUAUGAACUGUGAGGACAUAGCAAUGAACUUUUUGAUAGCAAACACUACUAAUAAGGCUCCAAUCAAAGUUACGCCAAAGAAAAAGUUCAAGUGUCCACAAUGUACAAACACAGAAAUGUUGUCUGCUGAUGAAGGACACAUGGCUACUAGAACAUGGUGUAUUAAUCAAUUUGCCGAGAUUUAUGGAAGAAUGCCAUUAAAACUCGUUGAAUAUAGAGCUGAUCCUGUUCUUUAUAAAGACCUGUUUCCUAAAAAGUUAAAGAGGUAUAACAAUGUAGGAGACUUGUGAUUGAUUUGGUGGAGUAGACUGUUUAGACAAUGCUCAAAUCCGGUGACAUUAUUAGUAUUUUAUUCUUCUCAACUUCUUAUGUUUUAUGUUAUUACAAUAUUGUUGAUCUCUUUUGUAUUUUUUUUUUUUAUUAUUAUUAUUGUAAUUGUGUACUUUUAAAUAUUGCAAAUUAGUUGUUUAUUACCAUGUUUAAUAUUGAGUAUUUUAAAAUUAAAACUAGUAAGCAUGUUACCAUUAAUUUUAUAUAAUGUGACAUAUUAUUUUGCAUUAUUUUAAACUUCUAGCAUAAACAAGUAAUAUAAAUGUAUUCUCCUCAGUUAUGCAAAGAAUUAAUAUACUACUUUUCUUUGUCAACAAACAAAUUCAUUUUUUAUUUUCUUAUACCCACUAUUUGUCCAGCUAUGUUAAAAAUAAUUGUGCUGCUUUAUACAAUAAUUUAAUAUAGACUUUUAGUUGAUACAAUUUGUUUUUUUAAGAUAAAAAUUGUAUUUUGACCAUUUGAAAUUGUAAUUUUUUCGUUUGAAUACAAUUCAAGUAAUAAAUAAAACACUA